AUGGCAUCCUUACGGCAGCUUCGAGUCACUGUAACUUUCAGUCGCCCGAUCUCAAGCUUCUUCCGUGUCCAAAGAGGUCCAGUCGCCUACAAUGCGCGCCGCUUCCUCUCAGCCACGCCUGCUCGUAGAGACUCUGAGAACCUCGCGCCGCCGACUACCAUUUUUCGCGAUGUAGAACCUCUCCGAGAGUUCAGGAGAGCUGCUCUCCUGGAUAACCGCACCAUCGGACUCGUUCCCACCAUGGGCGCCCUCCACGAAGGUCAUCUCUCCCUCGUGCGCCACGCCGCCGCCGAAAACACAGACGUCUUUGUGACUAUCUACGUGAAUCCCACGCAAUUUGGCCUCAACGAGGAUCUUGCCUCGUAUCCUAAAACUUGGGAGACCGACUUGCGCAUGCUGCACGCUCUGGACCGAGAACUAGCAAGCGUAGAAGGGGCGGGCCGCACAGCAGCAUACCAGGGGGUGGGGAGCUUCAUUGAGAUGCGCCCGCUAGGCCAAUUGCUCGAGGGAGCAAGUAGACCGGUGUUCUUCCGUGGCGUGGCGACAGUAUGCAUGAAGCUCUUCAAUAUCUGCCAGCCAGAGCGUGUAUACUUCGGGCAGAAAGACAUCCAGCAAACUGUGGUCAUCAGACGCCUGGUCAAGGACUUCCACCUCCCCAUAGACGUAAAGAUUGUGCCCACAUCCCGCGAGCCGGACGGCCUCGCGCUGUCGAGCAGAAACGUGUAUUUGGGUGCGCGGCGGCGCACAGUGGGCAUCGUGCUCAACCAGGCCCUGCGGAAGGCGGAGGCACAGUACAAAGCUGGGAAGCGGGGGCGAGGGGACAUCUUGUGGCCAGCAAGCGAUCACGCGGACCAGACGAAGAUGACACAGGAUGCUCUGGAACCCCAUAGACGAGCGCGAUUCGAGGUCGACUACAUCAGCCUCGCGGACCCCGAGACCAUGGAGGAGCUCGACGAGGUCGAUCCCGCGCGAGGCGCCAUUCUUAGCGGCGCCGUCAAGAUGUUGCCGAUCGAGGAGGCUGGAUCGUCCGAGGACCUGGGUGUUGGCGGGGGCCAGAUUCCAGUGAGACUGAUAGAUAAUGUUGUGCUAGAUCCUGCGUCGUGA